GAAGUGGGCGGUCGGUGUACCGCCUUCAACAGCCGUCCGAUCCACCCACACUGGGCUCACACGAGACCAGCGAAUAAAAGGAUGGGUGGGCUCACCGUGGAGGGCUUUGUUCUCUCUCCUCCCAGUCCCACAUCGCCGCCCACACUGAGACUUGCGUUUCCGCCAUGGAUUCGUCGCCGAAGGGAGAGGACGACGACGGUGGCGUCCACGGAGCGAGCAGUGGAGGAAGAGGAGUCGACGGCUCCGCUGUUGGAAGCGUGGCCGUGACGUUACACCGGCGGAUCGCCCCGAAGCCGGAGCCCAUGGAGUUGCUGGGGAUAGGCGCGAUGCCGAUCCUGCGGCGACCCUCAGGGAGGACGAAGGACAGGCACACCAAAGUGGAGGGACGAGGGCGGCGCAUCCGAAUGCCGGCGGCGUGCGCCGCACGGAUCUUCCAGCUCACCCGCGAGCUUGGUCACAAGUCGGACGGGGAGACCAUCCGCUGGCUCCUGCAGCAUGCGGAGCCAGCGAUCAUCGCAGCUACGGGAACCGGCACCGUUCCGGCCAUCGCCACCGUGGUCGACGGCGCAAUCAAGAUCCCUACCGAAGCAGCCUCCUCCUCCGCACCGCUGACCUCCACCUCCGGGGAGGAGUCCGCCGCAAAGAGGCGGAAGAAGCUCUCGCCAAUGCGAGCGACGGCGGGGGUCGCUGGCGGCAACACGGUCACGGCGUUCUACCCGGUUCAAGAUCCCAUGUCCAUGUCGACGGGACUGGCGCCGAUCGCUCCGACGGGAAUUGUGCCGAUGUGGGCGGUGAGAGGCGGCACCGCCGCUUCCAGCGUCGCGAGAGUGUUGCCACCGGGGGCGCUGUGGAUGCUGCCGCAGCCAACCGCAGCGGCUGAGCCGUCGGGUCAGGCGCAGAUAUGGGCGUUCCCGGCCGGAUCGCAGGUCAUCAAUCUCGCUGGACCGGACCCCGUGACGGCGGCGGCAGCCAUGUAUCCGAGCGCCAUGCCGGGCCUCGGCGUCGCCGUUGCUGCAGGCGGUAGCGUGCCGAGGACGGGAGAACAAGCGGUUACUUUUACAGAGGGAAAGAAGCAGGAGCUACAACUGAUGGGAGGCGCCGGGGACGACGACGAUGACGAAGAGGAGGAGCCGCUGACGGAGUCGGAAGACGAAGAUUAGGCUUCUUCCUCUUCCUUUUUCCUAACUCUAUUUUCUUUUGUUAUUAUUAGGAGAGGGAGGGAACAAAAGAAGGUAGAAUUUGACAUAAAAUGCUUUUCUCUCUUUUUCUCUGCCUAACUUUCUGGGUAACAGGGAGGCGUGCACGUGCGCACGUGAGGGAUACUGUCUUUUAACUCUAAGCUAUUUUAGUCCCCCUUUUCUAAUCCGAGUCUGAUGGAUGACGGAUCGGUGGUGGUCCCUCCUGUGUGUGUGUGUGGGAGGGCUGCGGUGGAAUCUGGUCAAAAUGGGCUCCGCGGACCGUGCUCGCGGGCCACCAUCUUGUCCGUCGUGUGGGGAAUAGGAGUGGAGACGGCGGUGGCCCCAUGAUGGUGACAAGUAGGCACUACUCGAAAAAAGACACGUGUCUAGUGGUAACUGACUCAGAACAAGAAUCAUUUCGGUGGACGGUGGAUGCGUACCUUUCCCAGUGGUGCUUUCACCCACCAUUGUUGGAAUCCACGAUGACUGUAUUUGCAUGGGUUCACCUGGACGAAAUGUCAGUGUUCUAAUAGAAGAAAUUGAAUCUGAACAAUUAGCCUAAUAGAUAUAUCCUUCUAAUAUCUCCAAUGUAAUAUUGUAGCAGGUAAAAAGAUUGUACACCUGUUGUUCGAGCUCAUAAUUGAUCUUAGGGCACAAAAUAUCAUGAUACUUGUCAGCAGAACAAUGAGUUUAUUCUCAGCCUAGAAGAACAGUGUACCUGCCCAGUAAGAAC